AUGAGGAAAAUGGAGAGUGAAACUCCCAAACCUUCUACCCUUCUGAAUGUUGGACCGUGCCCUACCAACCCUCCUAAACUUGUCGGACCCUUGCUUGUGGGGUUUCAAACGCUGACUUUGGAUCAGGUGAAAGAGCAUGCCAGUCCUGCUCUUCAGAUGGGAGGCAGGUACAAGCCACAAGAAUGCAUCUCCCCACAGAAGGUGGCGAUCAUCAUCCCCUUCAGAAACCGCCAUGAGCACCUGAAGCAUUGGCUGUUUUACCUCCAUCCUAUCCUCCAGAGACAGCAGGUGGACUAUGGUGUGUAUGUCAUCAACCAGCAUGGAGAGGGGGUCUUUAACCGGGCUAAACUGAUGAAUGUAGGCUAUGUUGAAGCACUGAAGGAGUAUGAUUAUGAUUGCUUCGUCUUCUCUGACGUCGACUUGGUUCCUAUGGAUGACCGUAACCUCUACAGGUGCUUUGAUACCCCCAGACACCUGGCUGUGGCUGUUGACAAAUUUAACUUCCAUUUACCCUACGAGACGAUAUUUGGUGGGGUGAUUUCGUUGUCUAAGGAGCAGUUCUUGAGAAUUAAUGGCUUCUCCAACACUUACUGGGGCUGGGGUGGUGAAGAUGAUGAUAUCUACAAACGAAUAACCUUCCGUGGAAUGCAUAUAUCUCGCCCUGACUUAAUCACAGGGAAGUACAAGAUGAUCAAACAUCAUAGAGAUUUGCACAAUGAGCGUAACCCCAAAAACCCUAAUAAACUACACCAUACUAAACGGACCAUGGAUAAAGAUGGAAUCAAUUCUCUUAAAUACACAGUCAAGGAUGUUGUAAAGGAUAAAAUGUACACAUUUAUCACAGUGGAUAUUUAUGCUCCAGCAUCAUGA